CUAAUAGUCAAGCGUGCGGACGGACAUUGAGACACAAAAUGUGCAAACGUUUCCUGCUUUUGUUGGUAUUGGGUGCUCUAAGCCUCAAAGCCACGCCCAUUGAUGCAGCAGCUAUCAUGAGACCCUCUCUGGCCAAUGCAACUCAGAUUGGCCAGAAGAUUUACUAUAUUGAAGAAUCGUUGCGAGUGAAUUGGUUCCAUGCGAGCAAUCUCUGUCGCCAGCUGAACGGGUUUCUGGUCAACCUGGAGAGCGAGCAGGAGCUGCUCGAGCUUAGUGCCCGAUUGCACCCAGCGAAGAGCUACUGGCUAUCGCUCUAUGAGCUGGCCACACCGGGCGUAUACGCAUCGCAGGCAACGGGCAAGGAUGCCCAGUUCCUGCGCUGGUCCGCCGGCCAGCCGGACAACAUUGGCGGUGUGGAGCACUGCGUGGAGCUCUGGCGGCCAGGCAGCUCGUUUCAAAUGAAUGACGCCUCCUGCGAGACGCCUCUUCACUUUGUCUGUGAGCUGGGAACUGAAUCGGAUUAGUUUAAUGAAUACUUACAGCCCGGUUGGAUGCCCUUGCUGCGCACCGUGCGAUAGGGUUGUCGCGCUCCUGGAUCAAUUUUCCCAUACAUAGUUCGAUCCAUUUUGAUUUGAUUUUGAUUUAUAUUUGUAUAUAUAUGUGUAGCACUUUGCUCUUUAGCUGCAUUCAAAAGUCAAUGAAAAAUCGAAAGUUCACACAAACA